UUUUCUGAAACUCUUCCGGCAUCGCUUCACGAGGAGACCAGAGAUGAUAGAAAGAUAAUGUUCGAUGAAAACUGCGUUGUUGGUGAAUGAAUUGCGUCGGGUUUCACCCCCCACUCCUGUUCUCCAGAAGCAGUUGAUGCUGACAUGUUCUGACAGUGUACCAGGUGCUUUGAGACCGUUAUUUAUGCCGCAGUGACAUGCUAGCCCGCUAGCUCCUCAUUGACCGCAAGCCGACCCAAACUGAGGGACUUGUUCUCUCUCUGUUUGUGUGUAAAUGUGGGGUAGAUUUUUCCGGCCUGCUGUGAUCAGUCAUAGUGUCUGCAGGAGUCUGUUCACCAUGCAGCUGAAGACCAGCGAGUUCAAGUCUCUCUUCUCUGAUGGGCUGAAUGGAAUAGCAGAGCUGUUUGAGAAGAACAACUAUGAGCUGCGGAUCGCCGGCGGCGCUGUGCGGGAUCUGCUCUCCGGAAAACGGCCUGAAGACGUGGACUUUGCCACCACAGCCACUCCAGAGGAGAUGAAGCGCAUGUUUCAAGACGCUAGGAUCAGGCUGAUCAACAAUAAAGGAGAGAAGCACGGCACCAUAACUGCACGGCUGCACAAUGAGAACUUUGAGGUGACCACACUGCGAGUGGACGUCGAGACGGACGGCCGGCAUGCGGAGGUGGAGUUCACCACCGACUGGCAGAAAGACGCCGAGCGCAGAGACCUCACCAUCAACUCCAUGUUUCUGGGGCUCGAUGGAACAUUAUACGACUAUUUCAAAGGCUACGAAGACCUCCAGAACCACAAAGUCCGGUUCGUCGGCAGCGUUGAGCAGAGGAUAAAAGAAGAUUACCUGAGAAUACUGAGGUAUUUCAGGUUUUACGGCAGGGUGGCUUUAAAGGCCGACGAACACGAGCCCGAGACUCUGACUGCCAUCAGGGAAAACGGCCGAGGACUGGCAGCCAUAUCAGGAGAAAGAAUCUGGGUGGAGUUAAAGAAGAUGAUGAUGGGGAACCAUGCUGCUCAUCUGCUGGAGCUCCUCUACAACCUGGACUUGGCUCAGUACAUCGGUCUGCCUCCAGAUGGCGACAUUGACGAGAUGAAGCGCGUAUGGCGGAACGCCAGCCCCCACUCUCCCAAACCCAUGACGGUCCUGGCGGCCCUGUUCCACGGCCCGGGCGACGUGGACAGAAUGGACCUGCGCUUGAAGGUGUCCAGGGAGGAGAAGACGCUGGCUCUGUUCCUGGUCAAGCACAGGCGGACGCUCCGCAAGAGCGACGAAGAGCCAGACGACCUCAGACUUUUCACUGACUUUAUCAUCGAUAGCCGGGAGCCGGACUCUCAGAGCAAAGUGUGUGAGCUGCUGAAGUAUCAAGGUGAGGAGAAGCUGCUGUCGGAGCUCCAGAGCUGGUCGGUGCCUCGCUUCCCCGUCAGCGGCCACGAUCUGAGGAAGCUGGGCAUCACAUCUGGGAAGGAAAUCGGCACCAGCCUGCAGGAGCUCCGUGACAUUUGGAAGAAAAGUCGAUACCAGAUGGAUAAAGACGAACUGCUGAGUCACGUGAAGCUUUGAAUAAAACAGGAACUGGUCGCCACGGUGGUUCAAAUAGCCGAGCCCAAGUGUUAUUUAAGUAGUUCUUUUUAUUUUAGACAAAGGGAAAAAUAACCCUAAAGAAAAUUUUUUUUUGUUACUUUUUAACUGCACUGCAGCCAGACAUGGUUAGAGCAGCCGAAGCACAUUGUGAAUCAGGACACUAUGAAAGGAAGACAUGCGUAUGGACUUAUCGCGCGCGUUUGGCUACUUUUUUCCGUUUUCAUUUUUAAUGCUUCUGCAUUAAAAUCUGCACAAGCAGCACUUUGGGCAGGUAUAUGUGGCUUUGCAGCUGUCUGCUUUGAAGUUUCUCUUUUAAAAAAAAAAGUCUGGCGAUGCUUCAACCCUCCUUUCACCACACCUACGAAGACAAUACGUAGCAGCACGGGUUUUUGCUGGUGGGAUAAAGUGCUUCGUCCAGUUCCUCGUACAAGUAUGUUGUCAUGUUGGAACCACAAACUCCAGUCGAUCUGUGUAGGAUUUCAUUUUACAGGCUGACAUAAUGAUGGUGGAUUGUUUUAGAGUGGAAGGAAACUCCACUCUGCUGCUUCUAGUUUUCAAGAUGAUUUAACUAGAAAUCAACAUGUGAACGUUGUGCUCUUGCUGAUUGUUAAAGUAAGGACAUUAUUCUAAGAAUAACCCAAAGGUUUCUGAUUUGUUUGUUUUGUUUUAUUUGACAAUAUUGCUUCCAAUAAAUCCUUUUCAAAUA